UCUUUAACUAAAUAUUUUUAAAACUAGGUUAGGUUAGGUUAUGAUCGUCUUCAUUUUAAAUUUGAAUAUUUCUGUACAUCUUGAUUAGUGCUUCCCUGCAUUAUUUAUUUCAAUAGAUUGCGUUUAUAUCCUUGUCAUUCUUUCACAUUCAAACUCAGGCGCGCAGCUCGACCACUAACCAUACAGUAUACCAUCCAGUCGAUAGUAUCGAAUGCCUGUGCUUUUCUCUCUAUAUGUGGGAUUUGCUCUCUUUUUAUUGCUGGGAUAUAAACGUACUAUCUAUGGAGGAGCGAGCGCACCAAAUAAAGUAAGAACAAUGUGGAGAAAUAACGUAAAUAGUCGUCCAUUCUAAGAAAUUUUAAAUUAACCUAUCGGUCUAAAAUCAGCUAAAAUCAGAACAAAUGCAAAAUGUAGCAGGUCACACUGGUUGUGAAACGACCACACUGCAUCACGAUUAUCUAAACAUUUAUUUCGAAGUAAAAUUAUUAAAAUGAACAGCGCCAGGGCUAUGAGCAAAGUAUGGGCACAGCAGUCGGCCUUCAAUCGAAUCGUCACAUUUUCCACGAAAGCCACGCAACAUGCCGCCGCCGCUGUCUCAUCGGCAGGCGCCGAACCGCCAGGAGAAGAGAAAACUAGCGCGACUCCUCCCGCUGCAGCUCAGCCACCUACACCCACACCCACGCCAGUGCGAAAACCCAUUGUACCCUCGAACUAUCGGUUCAUUUAUCCCGAAUUCCUGCCCGACCCCAAAGUAGAGUGGCGCAAUCCGAUCCGUGAGAAGCUGGAACGUUUAGAUAUGCUGGACCGGCGGCGUCAAAUUGAUCUGCCCGAGUUUUAUGUGGGCUCUAUAAUGGCGGUAACCAGCUCCGAUCCCCAUGCUGCGGGCAAGACAAGUCGCUUUGUCGGGAUUUGCAUAAAUCGUGACCGUUGUGGUCUCCGCGCUCGCUUCGUACUACGGAACGUGAUUGAUCACCAGGGCAUGGAGGUGGUCUACGAACUAUACGAUCCCACCAUUCAAAAGGUCGAAGUGCUACGUCUCGAGAAGCGGCUGGAUGACAACCUGUUUUACCUCCGUGACGCUCUGCCGGAGUUCAGCACGUUUGAUGAGAAGAUGGAAACCGAACAUCUAGAAGAGGGCGUUCCGCGGCCCUGGUUGGAGCGUUGGGAGCGCCAAAAUCUACGCGGUGUGGCGAAUAUUGAUCAGUAUAUUAAGGACAAGCACCGCAAAUCGGCGGAGAAGGUGCAAAAGCCUUGGGAUAAGUACGAUCUGAUGAAGCAAUAUCGCUCCACCAUACCCGAGGAAGAGCAGAAGGAGGUUUUCGCCGAGGUCCACACGGAACUGCACAGCCUGGAGCUGCAGCGCAAACGCAAUAAGCGGAAGCGCACCUUUGCGAAGCCCAAACAGCUUGCUUAAAGAAUGCAUUUGUCAUCCAUUCGUA